AUGGGUUGCGCGCAGUCUAAAGUGGAUAAUGAGGAGUCCGUUUCUCGAUGUAAGGAGCGGAAGAUUCUCAUGAAGGAAGCGGUGGCGGCGAGGAACGCUUUUGCGGCUGGCCAUUCCGGCUACGCAAUGUCGCUCAAGAACACCGGCGCCGCCUUGGGUGAUUACGGCCAGGGGGAGGCCGAGGAGUCCCAGCUCCACCACCACCAGCAACCCCCUCUUCCCCCUCCUCCUCCCCUCGACGGUACGCCCCAGCCGCCUCCCCCUCCGCCGUCGAUUGAUAACCUCCCGCCGCCUCCCCCGCCGCUGCCUAACUUCUCCCCCAGCCCGAUCAAGCGCGCCAUGAGCAUGCCCGAGAUGCCCCUGAAGAGGAGCGUGAAGCCCGGGCACGAGCUGGAUUCUCUCGUCAUUGAAGAGGGUGAGGAGGAGGAAGAAGAGGAAGAGGAGGAGGAGGAGGAAGAAGAAGAAGAAGAAGAGCAUGGGCUGGACCACAGGGGGCGAAAUGGGGUCAUGGAGAGGAAGAGCAGCAAGGACUUGAGCGGGUCGAUGCGGGGCCCGCAGAAUGGGAAGGUGGGGCCGGAAGGGUCGUCGUCGCCGCGGACGCCGGAGAAUAGGGCGGUGCCGCCCAUGCCGGAAGCGAAGAACAUGGAGUGGGAUUACUUCUUCAUGAAUAUGCCAGAGCCAGGGCCAUCUUUAGAGGCGGAGGACGACCACGACGGGGGUAGGUAUCACGGUAUAUUUGGUAAUAUGGACAAUGUAGGUGUCCGAUUUGGUGGUAUUGAGAGUUCGGUUGGUGGUGGCAGCGGAGGUGGUGGUGGGGAGAUCGAUGGGGUUGAACCAAAGACCCCCGAGAGAGGGGAGGAGAAGGUGGAGUCUGCGAUUGCGACGGAGGAAGAGGAGGAGGAAGAGGCGAAGAACAAGAGGAAUAAGCAGAUCGAGCACUCCAAAACGGCACCGCCUGAUUUCGGGGCGAUUGCAGGGAAAGUUGCGAGUGUGAAUCUGAUGUUGGUGUUGAACGAGAUUGAUGAUCAUUUCCUCAAGGCAUCAGAGAGUGCGCAGGAGGUCUGCAAAAUGUUAGAGGCCACUCGCUUGCAUUAUCAUUCUAAUUUUGCUGAUAAUCGGGGCCAUAUUGAUCAUUCUGCUAGGGUUAUGCGUGUUAUCACAUGGAACAGGUCCUUUAAAGGUGUACCAGGCAGCGAGAAUGGCAAGGAUGAAUUUGAUUCUGAAGAUCUUGAAACCCAUGCCACUGUUUUGGAUAAGUUGUUAGCCUGGGAAAAGAAACUUUAUGAUGAAGUGAAGCAAGGUGAACUUAUGAAGCUUGAGUAUAAGAAGAAGGUCGCUUUGUUAAAUAAACAAAAGAAACGUGGUGCUAGUGCUGAAUCUUUGGAGAAAACAAAGGCUGCAGUGAGCCACUUGCAUACAAGAUAUAUUGUUGACAUGCAAUCAAUGGACUCGACUGUAUCAGAAGUGAACCAGAUACGUGAUGAACAAUUGUUUCCGAAACUUGUUGAGCUUGCUAACGGAAUGGCCGAUAUGUGGGCAAGCAUGUGCAUACAUCAUGACAAACAAUUGAAGAUUGUUACAGACCUGAAAUCACUUGAUAUCAGCCAUGCUGUCAAGGAAACAACCAAGCACCACCACGAGCGCACCAUCCAACUGUGGAAUGUCGUCCAAGAAUGGCAUACGCAGUUUGAAAAGCUUGUGGUCAAUCAAAAACAUUAUAUCCGUGCUCUCAAUAGCUGGUUAAAGUUAAAUCUCAUCCCAAUAGAAAGCAGCUUAAAAGAAAAAAUCUCAUCCCCUCCUAGAGCUCAGCAUCCCCCUAUCCAAGCCCUUCUUGGUUCAUGGAACGAUCUUCUAGAAAAGCUCCCAGAUGAGCUUGCCAAAUCUGCCAUUUCAUCUUUUGCAGCAGUGAUAAAAACCAUAGAACUGCAUCAGGAAGAAGAGAUGAAGGUUAAAGAAAAGUGUGAAGAGACAAGGAAAGAGUUCUUGCGCAAGAACCAGGCUUUUGAGGAAUGGUACCAAAAGUACAUGCAAAGGAGGACUCCUACUGAUGAAACGGAUGGUGAAAGAGGUGAAGAUAACGCUGUCUCAGAGCGGCAAUUCGUGGUAGAGAGCUUGAAGAAGAGAUUGGAAGAGGAAGUUGAAGCUCACAAAAGGCAUUGCCUUCAGGUGAGAGAGAAGUCUCUAGGAACUCUCAAGAUCCGCUUGCCUGAGCUGUUUCGUGCUAUGUCAGAUUAUGCUCAUGCAUGUGCUGAUGCUUAUGAGAAGCUGAGGUACAUCACCAAGUCACAGAAAUCGAAACAUGGCCCUGCAUAG